UCUUGCUCGCCUCACUUGUCCAUCCCGCGUGUCCGCGUCACCUCCACGGGACCUGCAGGACAGCAGAAACCCAAGAAUCCACUCAGCGGACCUGCAGCUGCUGGUGGCACCUUUUCCCUUUGCGCAAUUACGCAGCUUGGAUCGAGAAAAGGCCGCGUUUCCGUUUUUAUUUUUUUAUCGAAGUGAAGGAGCGACUCGGGCGCUCAGGUAGCGGUUUUAGCCUGAAGGCCGUUGGAGUUUUUUUGUUGCUUAGCAACGCAACAUCCGAGGGUUUUAAUCUGAGCUUGACUUGAAGGAGAAAUAUCAAAAACAAAAACAAGUGAAAAACAGAGGGAGGGAGUGAGAGAGAGAGAGAGAGAGAGAGAGAGAGAGAGAGAGAGAGAGAGAAUAGCUCGGAGACCCGGCCCCCGGUCACAGAGACGUGGAGAGAGAGUGAGGGAGUGAGUUUUAAAGCCAGAGGCAGGAGGCAUGAUGUCCUACAUUAAACAACCCCAUUACGCCGUGAACGGGUUAACUCUGUCCGGCCCGGGCAUGGAUCUGCUCCACUCCGCCGCCGUGGGAUACCCCAGUACGCCGCGCAAACAGCGUCGCGAGCGCACGACCUUCACUCGGGCGCAGCUGGAUAUUUUGGAGGCUCUGUUCGCCAAAACCCGUUACCCGGACAUCUUCAUGAGGGAGGAGGUGGCUCUCAAGAUCAACCUGCCCGAGUCCAGAGUCCAGGUGUGGUUCAAAAACCGCCGUGCCAAGUGCCGGCAGCAGCAGCAGCAGAGCACCGGCCAGUCCAAGCCUCGGCCUCCGAAGAAGAAGGCCUCUCCAGCGCGGGACACCAGCAGCGAGGCCAGUGCCAACCCCGCCAACGGACCGUACAGCCCCCCGCCCCCUCCCCCGGGCACGGCCAUCACCCCCAGUGCCAGCUCCGCCAGUGCCACCGUGUCCAUCUGGAGCCCGGCCUCCAUCUCCCCGCUGCCGGACCCGCUGUCGGCCUCCACCACCCCGUGCAUGCAGCGCACCUCCACCUACCCCAUGACCUACACCCAGGCUCCGGCCUACAGCCAGAGCUACGCAGGCUCCUCCUCCUACUUCACCGGUCUGGACUGCAGCUCCUACCUGUCACCCAUGCACCCGCAGCUGUCGGGCACCGGGGGCGCCCUCAGCCCCAUCACAGCCUCCUCCAUGGGAGGACCCCUGAGCCAGUCGCCCGCCUCGCUGUCCUCCCAGGGCUACACUGCUGCUUCUCUAGGGUUCGGCGCCGUCGACUGUCUGGACUACAAGGACCAAGCUGCCUGGAAGCUCAACUUCAACGCAACUGACUGUCUGGACUACAAAGACCAGAACUCCUGGAAGUUCCAGGUCUUGUAGGAAGCGGGUGGUUUUGGGAGGCAGCGGGGAGUUGAGUCCAACCUAGAAUCCUGAUAGAAGACCAGCAGAAAGUGAGGCAUCAUCUUCUCAUGUGUUAAAGCAAACGCUCGCAGGAUGGUGAGCGAGCGUCGUGCAUCAUUCCUCAACAGUUUGGACUGUGUGCGUCCCGACCACAGGCUCAGCGGUCGCCUCACUAGCAGAAGGCCUUCUCCACGUCUGAGAAUCUGUUUUCUUUACCGUUUGAUCUGGUGUGUGAUGGAAGCCAGAGGUGACCUCACCAUAGAGAGGAGCCCCUGACAUCCACAGACACGUGUGACUGCAGCACAAACCUGUUGCCUUCCAGCGCGGUUGCAAUCAUUAGCAGAGUUUCAUAGGAUCAGCUCCAGACAACUGAGGCAACAAUGUUCAGAUUGUGGCUGUUGGCAGUCGGACUCCCUUCAGCCCCACACACUCCAUGUUCACCAGCGGUGAAAAAGCGACGAUGGAUCUCAAGUGUGUGAAGACUGCAGCAGAGAAAGGGAAGAGUCUGGGCCCCCCCCAUCCCGUCCCCCUUUUGCACAGAGAGUGGGGCGCCUCUGUCCAUCCCACCUGUAAAGAUGUGAUUCUAUAAAUAUAUAUAUUUGAUGUAUUUUUGAUUCUUUUUUUGUAUUAGAUUUAAUGUCUCUUUAAGAAAUUGUGAAUUCGUUCAAGUAAAAAUUGUGGUAAUCUGUCAUGAAGUUUAUAUUAUCAUCAGUAUUAAUAUCAUUAAUAUAAUUGUUGACAUGGAUCACUAAUGUACCUUUUUUUGUGGUUUCUUUGUAAAUAUUCAAUCAAGUCUGCCAUGUUUGACACAGCAACUCAUUCUUUUAUUUGAUAUCUAGAACACUGCCAACUUUUUUUUUUUUCUUUUCUGUUUAUAUUACUUCAGUUUCUGUUUUCCAAACUCAGGGGUUUAUUCCAUAAAAAAAAGUAGCUGUAAUAGGACACUCUUUUGCUUGUUGAUCAUUUACUUUUGCAUUAAUCUUCUGGGCUCAUCUUCGUCCAACGCGAAUGAAUCGACUUAUUUUGUAUAUUUCAUGUGUCUCCUGUGUUUGAGCCGUCUCACCGUGCUAGAUAGCCACAAUGUUCUGAGACAUUAAACCACUUUAUUAAA